GGAAGGCCUGGUGGAGGCUAGUGCUUGUGUGUGUGCACACGUGCGUGCAGUUUUGCGUGCGUGUUUCCACCAUUCCCAAUAUACAAAAUGUAUCAUUGCCAUGAUACAUACUCAUUUCUGUCAAUUCUUUAUGUAUCUUAUCAGGAAAUAACUGGAAGUGUCCUUGCCGAAGACGAUGACAACUUUCAGGGACUCAAAGUGCUGUCAGAUGCCCGUCAUUGCUGGCGGAAGAAUGCCUACUACUCUGAUGUUGUCUUUCUUGGCCACAUCACACACAGGGCGAUUCACCAUGAACUGGUGACCAAGGAAGAUGAGCCGAUAUCGCAGAACCACGAGAUUAUUGGCACAGAGCGGUUCUAUGAGUGGGCUGAUGCCAAAGGGCUCAGCAUCCAUCUCCAUGGCCAUGACAGGAACGGCUCGGUUAAUAAGAUAGUGAAGGACCGCCAAUAUACAGACAACGGCAACGACACAUGGCAUGCUACCAAGAACUUGGCAAGAUCCUUUGUCAAGGUUGCAAAGGGGAAGCCAGUCAAUCGAGGAGUCACCUGGCAUCCUGAGCUGUCUGACAAAGGUGCAGGUAUAAAGACACACUACUACUGGGCCAUGAAGACCUGCGAUGGAGACCCAGACCUGCUGCGGUUCCGCCUGGACAAUAUUGUCCGACACUACCAGAAUGACCACAGAAACUGCUUUGCGGGGAAUGUCCGUCAUCCGGGGGCCCGAUGUAAGACAGACCCGAACUACGAGCCGACCCGAACUACCAUCAGGGACCCGGUAGCAGCACAGCUGCUGACACGAUGGAUACAGAAAUCAACGAUAUACGAAUGGCCACUGGACUAUGUAAACGUAAGUAAAUUUUUAAUUUCACAUCGAUAACUUGGAAACAUACAAAUACAUACGAACAUAUAAUUACCUGAUAUAUUUAUCAGAUAAAG